GCUCCGUCCAUUGCACCACGCGCAAAGCAACGAAAAAAGUAGUCCAAGAGAGCAACUGAGUACGUAGUAACCGACGGUCUCCCAUGGCCUCCACGCUGACGAGCUUCGUGGCCGUGGCGCUCCUCAUGGCCGUCAUGCUCAGCACGUGCGGUGCUGCACGCCUCCUCGCCAACAUCCCGGCCUUGCCCGAACCGACGCUGCCGACCUUGCCCCCGGUCGUUCCCACGGUCCCUGCCCUGCCAGGCGGCGUCGUGCCGACCGUGCCAGAAGUGCCGACGGUGCCGCUGCCAACAGUACCCAGCGGUGUCGUGCCAACCAUCCCGACGGUUCCCACCGUGCCGGAGGUGCCGACGGUGCCCAACGUGCCGGAGGUGCCUGCGGUGCCGCUGCCAACAGUACCUGGCGGCGUGGUGCCGACCGUCCCGACGGUUCCCAGCGUGCCGACCAUCCCAACGGUUCCCACCGUGCCAGGUGUGCCGGCGGUGCCGCUGCCAACAGUACCCAGCGGCGUAGUGCCGACCGUCCCGACGGCGCCGUUACCGGCAGUACCCGGCGCCGUCGUGCCAGCAGUGCCAACCGUGCCAGGGGUGCCAACGUUGCCUCUCCCGACGAUGCCGUCCAUCCCCAGCUUGCCUAACUUGCCACUGCCGCCUAUGCCGUCCAUCCCCGGUGACCUGCCCAAGGUACCAGUGCCAUUACCACCAAUUCCGUCCAUCCCCGGCGACCUGCCCAAGCUGCCGGUGCCUCUGCCGCCGAUGCCGUCCCUUCCCGACCUGCCUAAGGUGCCACUGCCCCCGGUGCCGUCCAUCCCUGGCGUGCCUAAGAUACCACUGCCGUCUGUUCCAGGUGUGCCGGCCGUGCCGUAGUUCCUCCUCAGCCGACGCACUAGAGGAGUAGAGGUACGUCAUGACCGUGCAUGCACGGGUGUGGGUGGUCGUUGUUGCCCUACUCGAUUUACGAGUGUAAUAUAACUUUGACUUGAUAGCAUUUGUUUGAGCACUACAUGUACAAGUCAGUACGUGCGAGUAGAGAGAAAAAAAAGUAAAGUACUCUGUUGUGUGCGUGUGGUCUAUUUGCAAGUGAGUGUGGUGUGGAUGUAUAAUGUUUACCUGUCUAUACUUGCCCCUUUAUGUGGUGGGAGUCAUUCUUUGUAUAGGCUAGGGGUAUUGCUCCAUUUUGUACGUGUGUGCACUGUAUGUUGUUUUCUUUUCACUUGAAUCAAUAUACGCACUAUUGAUGCGGGAA